GGGUUCCCGGCUCCCGCCUGGCCGCCAGUGUGCUGGUGCGGGUUGGGGUCGAGCUGCGAGCCCCAGGUACAGACGCCUCCCAGGCGGGACCCGCCGAGGGUGCGGAUCGCCGUGGCUCCCGGGAGCGCGGACUCCCCGGGCUCCCCGGCUCUGCGGGCAAGUGCAGAGUGGAUCCCAUUCCCCCGCCCAUCCCGGCCGCGGUGGGGACCUCCGGAGAACGAGGAGCUUGGGCGAGGCGACUGCAACGCACUCACGGGACCAGCAAAUCAUUUCAACUUUAGAGCAUCAUCUAAGACUACAGUCUUUGGAACUGGGCUUAAAGCAGUAGAAAGGGGAGGAGCUGGACCAUCCAUCUUUCAUUUACUCUCAUUUAAAAGGAAUUUGAAGAGAAGAUAAAAUGGCAGAGCUUUAAGGUUAAUAUUCAGGAUGAACAAUGAUAAUUCAGAUAAGACCGAAGAUGGAUCGCAUUAUGUAUUUAUCCGUGAUGAAAACUCAAAUCCAUCUGAAUACUACAAAACACCACCAUCCACCCAGCGCCCUUCAGUGAGUCACAGGAAUUGGAACUCUGACAACCCAGAUGACAUGGUGGUCGAUUAUGAAAUGGAUCCUGCUGUGGACAGUAGUGAAAGUGUCUCCUUAAGCCAUCAGUGUGUUGAAGCACUUGCUUACCCAGAGCCUUCAAGUGAUUUCAUGGGGAGGCAUGAAUUUGCAAUGUAUAGUGAGCUUACCUGCCAGUCUCCUGCACUUGUAAACACAGGGAAGCCCCCAGACCCGCACAGUAACUUUGAGUCCCUAGAGGCAAUCCAGGAUGAGAGGUUUGAUCCCUCUAAGCCCUGUGUGUGCGAGUCUGACAACCAUUAUACUUGUGGAGAUUCCCCCGAAACUUUGGAGAUAAAACAAACAUAUGACAUGAGAGUGGACACAGUUAACAACACAUUUAUAGCACACCAAGCUAUUGAACAGGAUCAGCCUUUACAUGCUCCUGGAGGUCUGCAGACAACAGUGAGAGACAGAAAUGCAUUGUCCUGCUCUGAUCAGACACCACCCCAUUCCUCUAAGAUAGGUGUGAGAAAGAUUAAUUAUAAUAGAAAGAACUUUGAAAACCUUCAAGCCACACCAUCAAAGACCCUAAACACAGCCUAUACAGUGAUUUCUGAUGUGCUGAUGCAAACUGAGAGUCCAGACCUUGAAACUCGGUGUCAGUAUUCUUUAGGAAAUGUCACCAAAGAGUACACAGAUGGGACGGGGCAAGGACUGAUUGGAGAAAAAGAGAUACAAGCUGUGACACUGGUUUCUGAUGGCAUGGAGGUCCCCAAUGAGUCUGUAUUACAGGAGUUCUAUUGUGUGUCUGAAGAUGACCCAAACAGUGAGACACAUUCACACAGCUCGUAUGCUCAACAGGAAAUGGGCCAAAAUCUAAGAGGAACACUGUCCGGCUGUCAUGUUGAUGGUGAAUGCCCAGUACUGGUGCCAGCUUUUGAUAAGAGUAAAACCAGAGUCCUGGACUCUGAGUGUAUAGUCACUGCGACUGAAGACCCACACAUUGAUUCCCAUGACAACAACUCAGACAUCCAAAGUAGUACUGAAGAGCUGACCCAGAGAAGUGUUCCGGGGCAGAGGGUUUCAUCUUAUGAAAUGGGUUGGGAUGACAAUGGCGGAGCCAUUAGCACAGAUAAUCCAGCUUUUGGGUCAGCACUAGUUAAGCAACCCCCCAAUGUGAGCUUCACACUUUCACAUGUUGAAGUGACGAAGAAGUACAGUAACGUGGAGAAUGGACCAAGAAACGCUAGAAGUGCACCCAACUUGAAAGGAGAACCAACAAAUAUAUCAAAACCUAAUCUGGGAAAAUCAGCUGUCAAAACGAAUACCACUGUAGGCAGUAAAGUUAGAAAGACAGAAAUUAUAAGUUAUCCCAGACCAAACUUCAAAAAUGUUAAAGCCAAAGUUGUGUCCAGAUCAGUGUUGCAACCCAAAGACACUUCCCUAAUGAAGGACACACCUAACCCUCAGGUUCCAGGGGCCUCCUCACCCUCAACAGUGCCUUCUAAACAGUUGCCAGUUAUGAGCAAAACACCAACAUCUGACUUUAAAGCCGACAAAAAAGCAGAAAUCCCAAUUAACAAAUCACACAAGCAACAGCUUAAUAAACUCAUUACCAGCCGGGCUGCACAAGUCACAACUCAUUGUAAAAAUGCUUCGCUCAGGGUUCCAAGAACAACAUCUGCCACGAAAUCCAACCGGGAGGAUGUUGACAAGACAGGUUCUCCUCAUGCAGGGAGUGAGACCGGGUCCGUAGCUGCCUUCUUCCAGAAGAUCAAAGGCAUUCUCCCCGUGAAAAUGAAAAGCUCAGAGUGUUUGGAUGUAACUUGUCUUUCCCACAUCGACCAGAUUAGCCCUGAAAAGGGUGAACAGGACUGUGAAGCUCCACUGCAAAAGCAAGGGCUGGGGAAGCAAGGCAUGGAUGAGACUUUUGAGUCCAAGUCUCUGUUUGUGGGCUCUGCACCCAAAACUUCCACCACCUCAGGAAGGAGCAGUUCCAAGCCAGACUCCUGCAGCCUGAGGAAAGCACCAGGUCUAAAAGCCAAAGUGGGGCCUGCUGCUUCCUGCCUGAGGAGGAAGAAUGACAUUAGAACCCUAGGCUCAGACAGGGCCUUAUCACCUCAGAGGAUCAGGCGUGUGUCCAGCUCUGGAAAGCCUCCAUGCUUGAAAGCGGCACAGCCUUCUUGGGUGAAUUUGCCUAGACCACUUCCUAUAUCCGAAGCAUCUUUGAUAUGCAGGGCAGGAAGCACCCGGUCAGUGGCCAGCACCCACAGCGAUCUGAGCACCUACAGCAGUGAUUGUAGUAAAGCUGCCAUCAACAAAUAUGAAGAGAAACCUCCAAAACAAGCAUUUCAGAAUGGGUCAGCACCCUUAUAUCUGAAGCCUUUGGUACCCAGAGCUCAUGCACACUUGCUCAAAACUUCUCCAAAAGGUCCUUCAAGGAAGAGUCUGUUUACAGCUUUCAAUUCAGUUGAGAAAGGCAGGCAGAAGAAUCCCAGAAGCCUGUGCAUCCAGACCCAGACAGCUCCAGAUGUGCUGGCCUCUGAAAGAACGAUUGAAUUGGCUCAAUACAAAACAAAAUGUGAAAACCAAAGUGGAUUUAUCCUGCACCUCAAGCAGCUUCUUUCCUGUGGUAAUACCAAGUUUGAAGCGCUAACAGUUGUGAUCCAGCACCUCCUGUCUGAGCGGGAAGAAGCACUGAAGCAACACAAAACCCUCUCUCAAGAACUUGUCAGCCUCCGGGGAGAGCUAGUUGCUGCUUCAAGCACCUGUGAGAAGCUUGAAAAGGCUAGGAAUGACUUACAAACAGCGUAUGAAGGAUACGUCCAAAAACUAAACCAGCAACAUCAGACAGACCGGGAGGAACUGGAGAACCAUCUGAAGGAGUUAUACACCGCAGAGUGUGAGAAGAUUCAGAGCAUUUACUUUGAGGAGGCAGAAAAGUAUAAAAGUCAACUGCAAGAGCAGUUUGACAGCUUAAACGCCGCCCAUGAAACCACGAAGCUGGAGAUCGAAGCCAGCCACUCAGAGAAAGUGGAAUUACUGAAGAAGACCUAUGAAACCUCCCUUUCAGAAAUCAAGAAAAGCCAUGAAAUGGAAAAGAAGUCACUGGAGAAUAUGCUUACUGAGAAGCAGGAAUCACUGGAGAAACAAAUCAAUGAUCUGAAGAGUGAAAACGAUGCUUUAAACGAAAGGUUGAAAUCAGAGGAACAAAAGCAACUGUCAAGAGAGAAGGCAAAUUCAAAAACCCCUCAGGUCAUGUAUCUGGAGCAAGAACUAGAAAGCCUGAAAGCUGUGUUAGAGAUCAAGAAUGAGAAGCUGCAUCAGCAGGAUAUGAAGCUAAUGAAGAUGGAAAAGCUGGUGGACAACAACACAGCAUUGGUUGACAAGUUGAAGCGAUUCCAGCAGGAAAACGAGGAGUUAAAAGCUCGCAUGGACAAACACAUGGCAAUUUCCAGGCAACUUUCCACAGAGCAGGCAGCUCUACAGGAGUCCCUUGAGAAGGAGUCAAAGGUCAACAAGAGACUGUCCAUGGAGAACGAGGAGCUUCUGUGGAAGCUGCACAACGGAGACCUCUGCAGCCCCAAGAGAUCUCCCACCUCCUCAGCCAUCCCUUUCCAGUCCCCCAGGAAUUCUGGUUCCUUCUCCAGCCCCAGCAUCUCACCCAGAUGACGGUUUCUGAACACAGGAGACUCUCUGAAGGCACUGAGGUGCAGCUCUGCAGGACUGACUGUCUCAUAGGAACCUGAGCUUCAUUAGCUUUCUGGAACAUCCACAGGAUAACCAGAGAGCAGCCACCAACUGUAUCAGCUCCUUAAGAAUUGAGAGCUCCAGAGGAAGACUUUUAACUUGGUCCAAAAGCCUCCUCCAAAAACAGAUUUUGGACCUGAUGUGGACAUGGUUGCACAAAGCACUUAUGGAACGAGGGAACCUUGUUCUUUGCCUUCCUUCACCUAAGCAUACGGGGAAAAACUCUCAGGGCCCUAUUAAGAUAAAGAUUUAUAACCUUUAUAAUGUUCUUCACCAGAGACACCUUCUUGUGAUUUUUAUUUUCUUCUGACUGUGGGCAGGGGUUGUGUGUGAGUGAAAUGGGUGUACUGGUAUGUCAUGUGACUGUCACAGCCCUUCCUCUGCUGUGUAUUAAAAGUCAACAGUUGUAUAUAGCUGGGCCUGUAUUAAUCAAGUCAUAAUCAGCACACACGUGUCAACAAAAGCCAUAGAAGAGAAAGCAAUAGUGCUUGAAUUUCUCCCAACUCGUCUCAGCGCCGUGACACGGCAGGGCUAGGGCAAGACAGGAAAAGCCUUCGGUUUAGUGAUGUCUGUACAUUUCUCUGUUGUUAGUUUUUCUGUGUUCAGCAUUAUUGAUUGAUACAAGUUUGAUUUUUUUUUCCUGUAGAAUUUUUAUGAGCCUAAUUACUAUACUCUGAUUCAUUUUCUCAGGCUAUGAGCAAAUGAAGUACCCUGAUUUUUCUAAACACCAAUCUGUAUAAAGAAUAAGGGGGCAGUACCAAUGGUUGUUUCUGACUUAUUUUCCCCUUGAGUCUAAGCUAUCUUCCCAGAGGUAACUCUUUGUCUUUCCUCCUGCUAUUCUAGCCUCUGCCUUUCCUUUGUCCUCCAUGUAGAGCCACAGAGGCAAACCUACCUCCUUCCUAACUACAGAAUGUGCUUUUCCAGGGCCAGUUUAUCUUUGAGGUGCUGAACCUAUUUCACAAAUAAGCUAAGCUCUGGUUCAGACACUACGAAAUUUUGGAAACCCCAGGGGGAAAUCAGUAAAGGCAUUUAGCAUGUACUAAUCCACACAAGCACCGAGGUUAGCCAACGAUUCCCUGUUGAACUGACCAAGAGAGUCUGAGCGGUGAUGCUGGCUUGGACCCCUCUGAGCAUUCUUCCUGCCAUUGGAAUGCAACAGGGCAGCUAGAGAGUGAGAAGUACUGCUUAUGCAACUCCUUCACAUUUCAGAUGUUCACUUACCAUCUCCCCAGACUCCAAGACUUUUGAGUUAGAAGGAUAGCUGUGGCUCCCCACCACCUGACCCAUGAGCUUCCCUGUGCAUGUCAGCAUUGCGAUACCAGUAUUUAUUAAUCUAUGGUCAAUGCUGGUCAAAUAACCCCUGUAGCAAGGACAGAUGCAGGACACUAGAGGUGGUUAUUUGAGUCAUCCUAGACCUCUACACUACAGAGCUAAUUGAUAUUCACAGUGCAUGCUUUUUAUUAGCGGUUGUGUUUGAAGUCUCUUAUCUCUAAUAUUUAUGAUGUAUGUAAUCUUCCAUGUUUGCUCCUGAUAAAUAGGAAUGUAGCUUCACUGCCACAUCCUGGAAUAUCUCUGCUCCUGGUCCCAAGUUGUUCUCAAUGACUUUAGCCAAAGUCAGGUUUGUCAUUUAUGCCCUAGUUAUGGUAAAGUUCAUGCGAUUGCCUGCCAUCCCUCAUACCACUUAGAUGUCUGGGAAGUCAAAUCUUACAGCAAUUAAAACGCCUAAAGAACAUAGAAGACAAGUGAAAAGAUAGGGAACAUUUAAGGUUUUUUUUUUUUUUUUUAAACCAAACAUUUUAUGUAGAAUACAAAAUUGUUGACACAUCGUAAAAAAAAAAAAAGUGUGGGUGUGUGAACAGCUGUGGUUUAUAGCAAUGGAAAGUGUUAUUUUACUUUGAUCAAAUAAAUAAUGCUGGAAUAUUCGAUGUAAGAAUGGCAGCCUGACAUACUUUACUCUUCAAAGUAUUAGGUUAUGCAUACCCCUUCUCAUUCCUCCUUAGUUAAGGCAGUCAGGCCUCCUAUGCUAUUUUAUGGAAAUUAGAACCCAAUGCCAAAAUUUGUUGUGGCCAGCUUGAGGUCAAGCUUUUCAAAAUUCAAAUACAUGUAUCAGAACUAAACUUUUUUGACUAGUUUAAACAAGUUCUUCUGCAAGGCGUAAGGAAAUUGGAAGAGCUGUGGUCUAAGUAUUUUUGAAGACGGGUCUUAGCCAAAGCUGAAUCUUCUUCAUUCUGUUUAUGUUAUGUUAAAGGCUAAACUGUUAAUAGUGUACAUGCAGUUAUUUCAGUUAUUUUGAAUAGAGGAAUUUAAAAUCAGUACUCUGAGUGUGGCAAUUUAAUGUAAAAUGAUGUGAUUUUUGAUACAUUUAUAAAUGAACUCACGUUAGCUUUGAUAAAGUGACAUAUCUAA